UUCGCCGUUAGUUGACUGCGGUCAAGCCAGCCUCCACUCGUAGUAGUUCGUUCGCUGCGUGCGUGUUUGUGUAUCAGAGACAGUCGGACAUCCGGAAUAAAUGACGUCACCAGUAACAACAACGCCUCCAAACAAUUGAAAUGGGGCAAAAGACGAGUCACAAGCAGCUGCUCUGUCGUGCAUUGUAAUACAAACGCGUUGAACUUUCGUCUUAUUUGCGGUCUUUUUCCCCGUCAGAAUGACUAAUAGUUGCUGUGUUGCGGGUUGUCAAACAAGGAAGAGUUCGGAGCCGCGUUUGAAGUUCUUCAUUCUUCCUCGUGAGAAGAAAAGGAGAAACAAAUGGCUGAAAGCAAUUAAUCGAGGAACAGUAAAAGAAGACUGUACCGUGGACUAUGCUCGCCUGUUGGAACCGAAAUCCAAGCACAUUUACGUUUGCAGCCGACAUUUUAUUACUGUCACCACCUGAGUUCGGGCUACCUGAAAGCCAAGCAAUACAUGGAUGAGGAGGGCUACGACAAAAUUAUCAGCGAAUGCACUAAGGAGGUGGACUCGGAGGGCCGCUACAUGGCUGAGGCGCUGCUCCUGCGCGCCACCUUUCACCUGUUGACUCGCAACGAAGUGGACGCUGGUGUCGACUUGGACCGCAUCCUCAAUAUGCAGGAAGCCAACGUCAAGCUGCGUGCCAACGCUCUCAUCAAGCGUGGGAGCCUAUACAACCAGACUCACGAACGCUUGCUUUCCAGAAAGCACUUCAACAUGGCAGCAGAGAUCGACGCAUGCAAUCCCGAUGUGUACCAUCACAGGGGGCAGGUAGGAGUUACCAUAGGGUGUCCAUAUUUUGAUUUCCAAAAAAGAGGACACUCGGCCCAGCCUUGAGAUACUUGAAUUUUAC